AUGGUCCCCAGAGAAGAUUCCCAGUACCCAGGGAUUGUCAAGCUGCUCCUGUACUUCAGGUGGACCUUCAUUGGUCUCAUUGCUUUUGACACCGACAAUGGAGAGAGGUUUAUGAAGACCUUGACACCUCUGCUCCUCAGAAGUGGCAUUUGUGUUGCCAUCUCAGAAAGCAUCCCACAAGUGCAUACGAAUGUAGUAAACAUCAAUGUUCGUCCAUUCAAAAAGUGGGCACAAGUCCAUGUAUUUGUUUACUAUGUAGAGAAUAGUUUUCCUGCACUGGGAAUGUCCAUUCUAGAACAAAUGUUUGACCUAAUCACAAAACCCAUUGAAAGGAAAGUCUUGAUCACAACAGCUAUGUGGGACAUCUCCUCAAACUUAAUGUAUGAUUACUUAUCUUUCCAACACAUCCAUGGUAUUUUUUCCUUCUUUAUUGAGAAAAAUAAGAGGACAAAAUAUGAUAUUCUACCCUUUGUGGAUGCAUUCACACAUAUUGGAAUGAAAGCUUUUGAUUGCUCAUUUUCAAAGCAUGCAUUGUCGGUGAAAGGCUGGACAAGAUGUAGAGAGAGAGAGAAUCUGGAGAUGCUGCCCCAAGAUGAAGUAGAAAUAGUCCUCUCUGUAGACAACUACAAGAUUUACAACACUGUCCAAGCCGUGGCACAGGCCUUAAACAUCGCUUUUUCAUCUAAAUCUAAAUGGAGGGGGACGGACAGGCUGGAUGUUCAAAGGCUACAGCCAUGGGAGCCCCUGCCUCCUUCCAGGUGUGUGGAAAGCUGCCAGCCCGGAUUCGUCAAGGUGGUUCCAGAAGGAAAGCCACUUUGCUGCUAUGACUGCAUUCCCUGCGGAGAAGGGACUAUCUCCACUCAGGAAGAUGCAAAAUAUUGUUUCAGUUGUCCAGAAGAUCAGCAUCCAAACAAGGAUCAGGAUCAGUGUAUCCCGAAGACAAUCACCUUCCUGGACUAUGAAGAAUAUUUGGGGAUCCUCCUAGCUUCCUUUGCCUUCUUCCUGUCCUUAACCACAUGCUUUGUGUUUGGAAUCUUCAUUAAAUUCCUAGAAACUCCAAUAGUCAAAGCCAACAACUGGGACCUCUCUUUCAUCCUUCUCAUCUCCCUCCUGCUCUCCUUUUUGUCCUCCUUCCUCUUCAUUGGCCGGCCAAGCAAAGUGACCUGCCUUCUCCAACAAACGGCUUUCAGCAUCAUCUUCUCAGUUGCUAUCUCUUCUGUCUUGGCAAAAACCAUCACUGUGGUGCUGGCCUUCCUGGCCACAAAGCCAGGGAACCGUGUGAGGAGAUGGCUGGGGAAGAGUAUGGCCAACUCCAUUGUCAUUGCCUGUUCCAGUGUCCAAGUUGUCAUCUGCAUCAUCUGGCUGGGGAUCUCUCCCCCAUUCCCAGACUCAGAAAUGCACUCCCAGCCUGGAGAGAUCAUCUUGCAAUGCAACAAUGGGUCUGUUGCCAUGUGUUAUGGUUCUCUUGGGUACAUGGGCUUCCUGGCUGCCAUCUGCUUCACAGUGGCUUUCCUGGCCAGGAAGCUGCCUGGGGCCUUCAAUGAAGCCAAGCUGAUCACCUUCAGCAUGCUGGUCUUCUGCAGUGUUUGGGUCUCCUUUGUGCCCACCUACCUGAGCACGAAGGGGAAAUAUAUGGUAGCCACGCAGGUCUUCUCCAUCUUGGCCUCCAGUGCUGGACUACUGGGCUGCAUCUUCAUUCCCAAGUGCUACAUUAUUGUCAUGAGGCCUGAUCUGAAUACAAAGGAG